ACUCUGAUGCACAACUCAACAAUUCUCAUUCUUUCAAUGUCCUUGUUGUAACAAACCUAAAGGAUUAGGUAUUUUUAUCGACUCUGCCAUGGAUGGGAAAACACAGAAGUUGGAGUUACGCCGUGAAGUGGGACUGUUGGGAGGCAUGUCCCUUAUUGCUGGUACCAUGAUCGGCUCUGGAAUAUUUAUGUCUCCCCAGUCUGUGAUUCAAAACAUCGGGAGCCCUGGUGCGAGCCUUGUCAUCUGGGCAUGUUGUGGACUACUUGCUAUGUUAGCAUCGCUAAGCUAUGCAGAACUGGGUACUGUAAUAAGGGAGUCCGGAGGGGAAUAUAUCUACAUACUGCGUACAGCGGGUCAACCCGCGGCUUUUCUUUUCAUCUUUACCUCGGUGGUGGUAGUGCGUCCUGCCAGCAUGGCCGGCGUAGCACUGAGCUUUGCUGUGAAUGCGGUGGCCCCCUUUUAUCAGGACUGUCCUCCACCAGACAAUGUGGUAAAGUGCGUGGCCGCAGUAGGCAUCCUGCUGUUGGCCGUGGUGAACUGUCUGAAUGUACGCUUGGCAAUGAAACUUAUGGUUUUCUUUAUGGCAGCUAAGUUGCUAAGCCUUGCCGUUAUUGUGAUUGGAGGUGUCGUGCUACUUGUGCAAGGGAAUACACUCAACUUUGAGAACUCCUUCGAAGGCACCAAGCUGGACGUGAGUGCCAUUGGUGUGGCCUUUUUCCAGUGCCUUUGGUCCUACGAUGGCUGGAACAAUUUGAAUUCUGUGACGGAAGAGCUAAAAAAUCCACAGGUGAAUCUACCCAGGGCUUUGUUGAUUGCCAUUCCCAUGGUAACAGUUCUGUAUUUGCUGGUCAAUGUGAGUUACUUGGCAUCCCUGACACCACGGGAGAUGAUGUCAUCAAGUGCAGUUGCCGUGACAUGGGGGAAUAAAGUGCUCGGAGGCUUGGGAUGGUUCAUGUCUGUGGCGGCAGCGUUGUCUGCCUUUGGAUCUCUGAACGGAACGUUCUUCAGUGGCGGACGAGUGUGCUUUGUGGCUGCCAGGGAAGGGCAUAUGCCAGACAUCUUGUCCAUGGCACAUGUGAGACAUCUCACCCCUUCUCCAGCUCUCAUCUUCACAACUUUCAUCUCUCUCCUUGUGCUGAUUCCUGGGGACUUCCAAAGCAUUGUCAACUUCUUCAGUUUUACAGCUUGGUUCUUUUAUGGAACCACUCUGUGUGGCCUCCUUUAUCUAAAGAUCAGGAGACCUGACCUCCCACGGGUUUUCAAAGUUCCCAUCCUGAUCCCCAUCCUAGUCAUUAUGGCUGCGGUCUUCCUAGUCGUUGCACCAAUCAUUGACGAUCCCAAGAUUGAGUAUCUGUAUGUCACUCUAUUCAUCUUCAGUGGUAUCAUUAUCUAUGUGCCCUUCAUCCACUUCAAGCUGCUCCCUGGAUUACUGGACAGAGUGACCGUUUUCCUCCAACUCUUUCUGGAGGUCGCCCCAGCUGACAAAAACUUGUAAUGAGAAAUGCCAGAGGCUUUUUAACAAUGGCACCUCUGUCAAAGUAUUGAGAGAAGAAAGU